GUCCCUGGAUGAGAAGCAGCUGACAGCAGCCAAGCCCCGCCUUCUCUGUGUGCUCGGGAGCAGGGCUGUGCGGCCCAGGUGGCACCAAUGCCGAAGAACAGCAAGGUGACCCAACGUGAGCACAGCAGCGAGCAUGUCACGGAGUCAGUGGCUGACCUACUGGCUCUUGAGGAGCCAGUGGACUACAAGCAGAGCGUCCUGAAUGUGGCUGGCGAGGCAAGCGGCAAGCAGAAGGCAUCAGCAGAGGAGGAGCUAGAUGCAGAGGACCGGCCUGCCUGGAACAGCAAGCUGCAGUACAUCCUGGCCCAGAUUGGCUUCUCAGUGGGCCUUGGCAACAUCUGGAGGUUCCCCUACCUGUGCCAGAAAAAUGGAGGAGGUGCCUACCUGGUGCCCUACCUGGUGCUGCUGAUCAUUAUUGGGAUCCCCCUGUUCUUCCUGGAGCUGGCUGUGGGCCAGAGGAUCCGCCGCGGCAGCAUUGGUGUGUGGCACUACGUGUGCCCCCGCCUAGGGGGCAUCGGCUUUUCCAGCUGCAUAGUGUGCCUCUUUGUUGGGUUGUAUUACAAUGUGAUCAUCGGGUGGAGCAUCUUCUAUUUCUUCAAGUCCUUCCAGUACCCGCUGCCAUGGAGUGAAUGUCCUGUUGUCCGGAAUGGGACGGUGGCAGUGGUGGAAGCAGAGUGUGAAAAGAGCUCAGCCACCACCUACUUCUGGUACCGAGAGGCCUUGGACAUCUCCAAUUCCAUCUCAGAGAGUGGGGGCCUCAACUGGAAGAUGACUCUGUGCCUCCUUGUGGCCUGGAGCAUCGUGGGCAUGGCUGUCGUCAAGGGCAUCCAGUCUUCGGGGAAGGUGAUGUAUUUCAGCUCCCUCUUCCCCUACGUGGUGCUGGCCUGCUUCCUGGUCCGGGGACUGCUGCUGCGAGGGGCCGUCGAUGGCAUCCUACACAUGUUCACUCCCAAGCUGGACAAGAUGCUGGACCCCCAAGUGUGGCGGGAGGCAGCCACACAGGUGUUCUUUGCCCUGGGGCUGGGCUUUGGUGGUGUCAUCGCUUUCUCCAGCUACAACAAGCAGGACAACAACUGCCACUUUGACGCUGCCCUGGUGUCCUUCAUCAACUUCUUCACCUCGGUGUUGGCCACCCUUGUGGUGUUUGCUGUGCUGGGCUUCAAGGCCAACAUCAUGAAUGAGAAGUGUGUGGUCGAGAAUGCUGAGAAAAUCCUGGGGUACCUCAAUACCAAUGUCCUGAGCCGGGACCUCAUCCCACCCCAUGUCAACUUCUCCCACUUGACCACCAAGGACUACACAGAGAUGUACAAUGUCAUCAUGACUGUGAAGGAGGACAAGUUCUCAGCCUUGGGGCUCAAUCCCUGCCUUCUGGAGGACGAGCUGGACAAGUCUGUGCAGGGCACAGGCCUGGCCUUCAUCGCCUUCACUGAGGCCAUGACGCACUUCCCCGCCUCCCCGUUCUGGUCCGUCAUGUUCUUCCUGAUGCUCAUCAACCUGGGCCUGGGCAGCAUGAUUGGAACCAUGGCAGGCAUCACCACGCCUAUCAUCGACACCUUCAAGGUGCCCAAGGAAAUGUUCACAGUGGGCUGCUGUGUCUUUGCAUUCUUCGUGGGGCUGUUGUUCGUCCAGCGCUCCGGAAACUACUUUGUCACCAUGUUUGAUGACUACUCGGCCACCCUGCCACUCACAGUCAUCGUCAUCCUAGAGAACAUCGCUGUGGCCUGGAUCUAUGGAACCAAGAAGUUCAUGCAGGAGCUGACGGAGAUGCUGGGCUUCCGGCCCUACCGCUUCUAUUACUACAUGUGGAAGUUCGUGUCUCCACUGUGCAUGGCUGUGCUUACCACAGCGAGCAUCAUCCAGCUGGGGGUCACACCACCUGGCUACAGCGCUUGGAUCAAGGAGGAGGCUGCCGAGCGCUACCUCUAUUUCCCGAGCUGGGCCAUGGCCCUCCUGAUCAUCCUCAUCGUUGUGGCGACCCUACCCAUCCCUGUGGUGUUCAUCCUGAGACAUUUCCACCUGCUUUGUGAUGGCUCCAACACCCUCUCUGUGUCCUACAAGAAAGGACGCAUGAUGAAGGACAUCUCCAACCUGGAGGAGAACGACGAGACCCGCUUUAUCCUCAGCAAGGUGCCCAGCGAGGCACCCUCCCCCAUGCCUACUCACCGCUCCUAUCUGGGGCCCGGCAGCACGUCACCCCUGGAGACCAGUGGCAACCCCAAUGGACGCUAUGGGAGUGGUUACCUCCUGGCCAGCACCCCUGAGUCGGAGCUGUGACCACAGCCCCCACCCCACCUGCCUCUUCCCUUACACCCAACCUGCCCACUUGUCCUGGCCUGGUCUCUUCCUCACGGCAGCCACUGGGCCCAGGCCAGUCUCUCUGCUGAGGGAGAGAGGGUCGGCCUGCCACACCUCCACCCAGUCCCAGCUGACUUCUGCUCCCUAGACCUGAGUAGGAGGUUAGGAGCAGCUCUGCCUCCCAGUCCAGCCCCCCAACCUAUCUAACUCUCUGAGAUCCUCUCACCAAAUUGUAGCCGUGUGACAAGAGCAAUCCCAAAGUCCUGACUCCUGGUCAGGAAAGGCUCCAAGUAGCCACUUUAGGGAUCACUAUACCCUUUCUCUCUCCCUGUA